AUGGCUACUAGCCCAAACAACAAAAGACUCCUGUUUGUGGGAAGUGAUACUUUCAGCAGACUCACCCUCGGUGCAAUGUUGAAUAGAAAUGUCCAAAACAAGUACAAAAUUGAUGUUCUCAGCCCUCCAAAAGGAAGAAGAGGAACCCCUAUUUAUAAAUUUCAUCAAUUCUGUGAGGAAAAUGAACUAGAAAUAAAUAUCUUCCAAGGUCGGGACAAAAGAACAGAAUGGAGACAGUUCACAAAAUCAAUGCCCUUCUACAACCUUGGAAUAGUUUCCUCCUUUAGACACAUGGUUCCUGGAUAUGUGAUUAAUAAAUUUAUUAGGCCCACAAACGAGGAUUUCCCUAACAACUUCUUUUAUUGUGUGCAUCCCUCUCUUCUCCCAAAAUACAGAGGAGCUUUACCAAUCCAGUAUACUUUGUUGAAUGGGGAUGACAAAGCUGGGGUCAGCCUAAUCCAUCUAUCUAAGAGAACUUUUGAUGCAGGAAAUAUUGUCCUCCAAAAGUCCAUUGAUAUUGAUUCAACACAUACAUACAGAGACCUAAGGAACUCCUUAGGAACUCUUGGGGGAGAACUUGCUGCUGAUAUCGCUCUUGGAGAUCCAGAGGAUUUCAAUAGAAAAAGUAUUGUACAAAAUAAGGAUGAUACCUCCAAAGCAUUUUUCUUUAAAGAAGACGAUUUCAACCAAUUCAAUUUUAAGGAAAAAUCCGCUGAAGAGAACCUUAGAAUUUUUAAUGCAUUCACUGGGUCAUCUACUGAACCAUUUACAGAGAUUUACGUUAAGAAGUCAGAUAAGAAAGCAUUAUUCGACGACCUGACUGUCGUAGAUAUAUCUGAUCCAUCAGAGAAGAGAAUUAUUGAUUAUUUCGAAUCCACAGACACUACUGAAGGCAACUACAAAUUUCACAGAAAGAUGAACAAGACUGAGAUCUACAUCAAAUGUUUUGAUCAAACUUACCUAAAAUUCUCUUCAGUCAGGAUCUCAGGACUAGGAAAGAUGCCUGCUUCUAAACUAAUGAUGUAUCAAAUCGGAGAGUAAUGGAAUGCAUGAAUCAUUUCAAUCUUAUC